GCAGACCUCGUUGCCUGACAGUGGUAAACAGACGUCAGAAGGGUGUCUUCGCUUCGAGCCAAAACAAAACAAAGCAAAACAAGUCAAAAAGAGAGUGAAUGGGCGAAUACUUUGACCACCACAACAACCGGAAGUUUUAGAAGAAUCAUCGCUGGUUCAAAUCGGAUACUUGAAGGAAGUUAUCUCCAGCUUUUGACUGACUUUUUCCCGGAUUGUAAACUCUGGAGUAGCAGGGGCUUAAAGCAGCUAACGCUACGGUGGCUAUCGUGGUGUUUUCAAAGUGCGGCGAGUGGGAGCCGACAGACCUCCAGGCGGACUUUCGGGGGGAAACCCCUAUAGUUUGUUUCAUACCUAUCUAGCGGGGCAAAACCCCACCUGCGACCUGAACCUGGCUCGUGGGGAUUUUGUAGCCUCUUAGAGAACCGUGUCGCGCGGCAGAAGAGUGCAGAAACAUGGCAGAUGGUGACACGCGCCUGGCCGCAAUGUGGCGGAUCGUACAGACCUGAGGCACGGACCUUUUUACUUACGCGGCAUUUCUGUUGUUUUUACAUUUUAGCGCCGCUAACAUCAUAUUACAGUAACUACAAUCGGUUUCUCGGAUUUGGAUUUUUUUUUCCUAAACUUCUUUUGGGAGCGUACUCAUUUUUGGGAACGCAGGGGCGGCUGGAGGAGUCCCAGAACUGUUUGUACACUUGGGGCAGCGCAGCCGGCUUCUGACUUCUUCAGCGGACGAACAUUUUUCACUAUCAACUCCCAGCAAUUUAGCGCCGCCAUGGAGGAGUCAUCGAUGCCCGCCAUUGACCCAGAUUUCGAGCCGCAGAGCAGACCCCGCUCCUGCACGUGGCCGCUCCCGAGACCCGACAUCUCCACCGUCAAAGCGGAGGGGGCGGACGGCGCCGAGUCCACCGCCGGGACCCCGCCCGCGGACGAGGACAAGCCCGAAGCGCAGCAAAUCACGUCCGAGCCCGAGAAAGCUGGAGCCGCGGCGGAGGGCGGAGCCAUCGCGGGGGUGGGCGGGGUCAGCGCCGCGUCACGCAAAGGAUCUUCCCGACGGAACGCGUGGGGGAACCAGAGCUACGCGGAUCUGAUCAGCCAGGCCAUCGAGAACUCUCCGGAAAAGAGGCUAACGCUGGCCCAGAUCUACGAGUGGAUGGUGAAAACUGUGCCUUACUUCAGAGAUAAAGGAGACAGCAACAGCUCCGCCGGGUGGAAGAAUUCAAUUCGCCACAACUUAUCUCUGCACAAUAAGUUCUUGAGGGUGCACAAUGAGUCAACAGGAAAGAGUUCCUGGUGGAUGCUCAACCCGGAAGGGGGGAAGACCGGGAAGGCUCCUCGCCGGCGUGCAGCCUCCAUGGACAACAGCAGCAAGCUGCUGAAGAGCCGCAUGCGGGCCAAGCAGACCAAGAAGCAGGCGGGAGCGGCCAGCUCCGGGGGGGCGCUGCAAGGCGACGGCAGCACGGGCUCGGCGGGGGCCGACAGCCCCAACUCUUCCCAGCAGUAUUCCAAAUGGGGGGUGAACAGCAGCAGCCCGUCGUCUCGCGGCAGUCUGGAUGACGGCGACAUGUGGAACACCUUCCGCCCGCGCACAAGCUCCAACGCCAGCACGCUGAGCGGACGCCUGUCGCCCAUCGCUCCCGGGCAGGAGGACGAUGACAACCUGCCCGACGAUGGGAUACUGGGGAGAUACACCGCCAGCAGCCUGACCCCCACCCUCACGGAGACCCUUAUGGAGGAGCUAGAUAUGAUCGACCACCUUACCCUGAUGACGGGGCAGCAGGGAGGGGCCAGUCCCAGCACCGCCCCACCAGCACCCCCCACCCCACUCCCCUCUGCCUCCACCCUGCUGCCAAGAGGCUCCAGCUUCCCCUCCUUCCAUCAGCUGCAGUCAUCCAGCCUCUCACAGGCCCCCCCUCACAGCGGGGCCCAGGCCCCCGUCUCUCUGUGUGGACCCAGCAGCAAAGACGCCACCACCUUCAGUAACUCUCUGUUCAACCCCAUCCCCAGCUCUGCCUCCAGUGGGGGCAGCACUUACGGUACCCACGUACCCUCCAGCCUGGAGGCGCUGCUCACCUCCGACUCCCCGCCCCCAAGUGAUAUUUUGAUGGCUCAGGUAGACUCCCUCCUCCCCAGCACUGGAGGUGUGGGGCAGAUGGGUCUGAGCGCAUCUGCAGGGGGCAUGAGGCCCAAACCCAACCAGCUGCUGCUGGGCAAAGGGCUGGAGCCAAACGCCGUGGCUCCCAUGGCGCUGCAGCCUCGGAUGCAGCAGCAGCAGCAGCAGCAGCAGCACCACAUUCACCAGCAGCACCAGCACCACUCCCACAUGAGUUUGGGGAUGAUCCUUUCAGGCCUAUCCCAGGACCCGCCUCAGCUCUCCACUCUCAAAGACCAGCACGCCCCGGCCGUGGGUUCUCAUCACGCGUCGCCCGUGGGCGCCGUCAAUCCCAGCAUGAACCUGCAGGGGAUGAGUCCGUUCGGAGCUCCGUCCUGCUUCCCCACCUCUCAGGACCGGCUGCCCACUGACUUGGACAUGGACAUGUUCACGGAAAACCUGGACUGUGAUGUGGACUACAUUAUCAACAGUGACCUCAUGGAUGGAGACGGCAUUGAUUUUAACUUUGACCCCAUACUGCCUGGAGGCCAAGGCUACGCUGGGCCGGCCACCACGCAGGGCUCGGCCCACAGCUGGGUUCCCAGCUAAGGCUUUCACACAAAGCUAGCCAGAAAACCGAUCUCCAAUCAGCCCAACCUGGAAGAAUGACAGAACAAGUGGUGCACCUCCCCUCCCCACUGGCUGAAGACACUUUUCAAAGACUAAAACUUUCUAUUGGACUUCAAAACAGCGAACCCGGGCCUCCCCCAUGUCAUGUGCCAAUACAUGCAGCGGACAGGCUACAAACAACUAUGCAGACCUUUUCUCCGUUUCCCUCCUCUUUGAAACCAUUUUUCAUAACUUCUUAAACUGAUUUUUUUUUUUUUUAAAGAUGCGUGAUUAAUCAUUUUUGGAGUGAAAAGACUGCUCCUCUGCUGGAGGUUUACAUUUCAUUCGUGUUUCUCCACGCUAGCUUGUGGGUGAAUACGGUACCCCUGAUGUCAGAAAUGGCCAGUUUUGUGCUCACUCUUGUUUUUUUUGUUUUUGUUUGUUUUGACCGAAUGCUGUUGGAUCAACUGAAUGAGGUUCACACACUAUGCUGCAAAGUUCUCUAGAGACAGAGGAGUCAGGAGGAACACUAAGACUGUCUUUAUUAUGGAAAGCAAAGACAGGGCAACUUCAUCUCAACCAGAUCCCAGAUUUUCUUUGUUGUUUUUUUCAGCUCUUUUGUUGAAACAUGGCGGCUCACAAGUUAAGAAUACCUGCAGCUCGGCAAUUUUAACUGGAGUCCGGUGUGUUAAGGUAGAUGUCAGUUAGAUGUGUGUAUGUUUUAUUUGAUUUUUUAACCCCAGGUUUUCACUUAAACUAACAAAAGUAAAGAAAUGUACUUUGUGAAUUUAUGCAAGGGGCAUUCAAGGAUGAAUCUCUCGAUUAGGCCAAGUGUUUUGCUGUCAAAGAUAGAAAAGUGCCUCCACAGACUCAUCUUUUUUUUCCCCUCCUCUUUUCUCCUUGACUUUGUGUGUUUUCAAAGCACUUAGGUCUCCUGUAACACAGGAACCCCAAAUUCCAAGAAUAAAUCCAGGUAAUUUAGAGAAAGAAAGAAAAGAAUAUAUGAUCCUGUUGCACACGUACCUAAUGGCACACUAUGCAUAAUUGUUUGGGCAGAUAAAUAAUAUCUUGAAGGAAAUUUAAAAGUAUAUAUAUUUGAAGAAGGCUUUUACUUUGAAAAAUUUCCUUUUAAAACGAUGGGGCAUAUCCUCUCACACUUUAAUUCCCAUUACUAACAAGAAAACAAUAAUUCACAGUGUGAGAAGAACAAAAGAAAGAAUAUAUUUGACUAUAGUUUUAACACAAUUUAGAUGAAAAUGAUCAUAUCUAUGAAUAUAAUACUAAUGGGAGGUCAUUUUCUAGGUUGAAUUGGAGGAUGAAUUAUCCGUUUAGCUGCAAUAUUCUAUGCUUUUAUAUUUGUAAAGGAUGAGAUGCACAUAGAGGUUUUUUUUUACAUAACCAAAGGAACACUAAUAAUUGCAUUUGCAUGGCAUCUGGGGAGCGCUUAGGCCUGACACAGUAUCCUUGGUGUACAUAAGCUUUGCAAAAGAAGACUUUUGGAAAACGUUGAAUAUCAUGUUGAGUAAGAUUCCCAACCAUCUGCCUCGCACUUUUGAUUUACUCCCAGUAAAAAAAAAAAAGGAAGGCAUCGUUCAAAAAUUUUCAAAAAAGAAAACCAGUGCGCAGAUGUGAGGCUAAAUAUUUAAAGACAAUUUUACUUUGCACAAUUAUUGUUGCAGCAGACUGGAAAUCAAGAAGCCACGACUAUGGUGUGUUUUAAAGGAGACGUGUCAGUCUUAAAAAGAGCUGAUCUCAAAGUUUUAUUCUACUUUUUCUGUGUUUAUUUUUUUUAUUUUUUGGAUAAGUGUACAUUAGCUGUCAUGUAUAUCAGUACUAGCUCAUUCCUUUAUUUUGUUCAGGUUGUUGACUGCCAGUAUUUAAAACACUAGAGCAUGACCUUAUUCUGUAGCAAGACUUCAUUUUGUCAUCUUACCUCCGUUGAAGACGUUUGUGUUGGUUUUGUCUUUUUAUUUUGUGACAUGAUCUCCCUGCAGGUUCGACUUUCACUGUAGCUGUGUGGAAAUUAGUCCCAUGUGUAUAAAGCGUUCUCCUUUUUUCUCUCAUUUGAUUUUUCUCAGAAUGGUGCUAGAUGAUGUGACGUAUCCACAGUACUCAAAUAUGCAUAUCAGGGCCUUUGAAUUUACUCUGUAACACACAGAAUCUUAAUUAUUGUUUAGAUUUAUCACACAAUAAGCAAUAGUUACCAAUCUUUGUUUCUUUUUUUGUAAUGCUUUUAUAUGUAUGAACAUCUGGCUACCUUAAUCUAAAAAAAGACCAGUUUGUUAAAAUAAGAUGGGUUUUCUUGUCAUCAGUCCUAAUUGAUUAUUUUGCAUGAACCAUACAACUUUGCUGUUCCUCAGCUGAAAGCCUAUUGUUGUUUUUUUAACUUAAGGCUGCAGUGUCUGCUUCUUCUUUAGUUUACGGUUACUGCCUUGAAGUAGUGCUUCACCUCUAAUGUUCAUUUACCUGAUUAUCUUUUUUUUUCUUCAUUCACCUUUAUGUAGGAGCUAGUUUCUGUAUUUUAAAAACAUUUUUAAACACAGGUCCCAUUUUUUGUAGUAUAGAGAAAAGGCAGUUCUUUUUCUAUUAGAGAGGGGAGGGAGGGUCAUGAGUUGUGCAUAAGCCAAUUGUUUAAUAUUUUAAAAUUGCAUUAAUAUUUUUUCCUCUCGUUCAGCUUUUUCCCUUUUAUUUCUAUACAUUGUAAAGUCAGCCAGAGAUGACAAACGGCUCUGAACUGCAGAAAUCAAUAAACUCUAACCCGA